UCACUCUUCAUUUAUUUUCUGGUGCUGUCUGUUGGUGAACGUCCAUUAGACUGGCCGUCUUGCUUCUUCUUCUAUCCUUGCCUUGCUUUUCCAUUCAAUCCAAUCAACAUCGUCAUGAGCAUCGAACUCCGUUCUCUCAAUAGCAUCCGCAAUGCUACGCAGGCGUUGACUGCCGGUGACUACUCCACAGCGUCGCGGUUGAACUUGCGUCUUUUCACGUCCUACUUUACCAGCGCGACAACGGACCAAUACGAAGAGCACUUGGUGACUUUCAUGGAAUCAUUGGACGCCUCUACUCGUCAAUUAGACAGUUUGGAUAUUCGGCCCACAAUCAGUGACAUGAAGCAUUCGAAAGAUUGCCUCUUGCCAGUUCGUGCGUUGGCCACGGCGAUUGAAAAGGCAUCCAGUUUGGAGGUUCUUUACAUGGUCAACUUGUGCCUCGUUGGAUCCAAACAAGAUUUUGAGCGCUUGGCAGUGGCGCUGCAAGGCUGCGUUCGACUGAAGAAAUUUUACUACGCCUGUGGCACCCGUUUGAUCACCACCAAUGACGAACACUCUAACGACGACGACGACGACGAGGCGAUUUCCCCCAUCAGUGGUGUAUUGGAAACUCUCGGGAAAAACUUUGCUUUGGAAAGCGUCGAGAUGUAUUUCGGUACCGAUCUUGGCAAGCUCUCCUUGUCGACAUUGACAUCCCUUGGUCGACCCAUUUGGUUGAACAAGCUCUGGAUUUGCACACGCGAUUUCUCGGACGAAGAGACGGUGGCCCUCGUCAAUGGCCUGACUACCAGCGCGAAGGAGCAUUUGACGUCACUCUUUCUCUGUACCAAAGGCCUGGCAACCAACGGCAGCAAGGCACUGGCCGAUUUCUUGGCCACGCGGCGUCCCAAUCUGAUUGACAUUCAUUUGGUGAUCAACAGUAUCGAUACGACUACAGCGUCAGCUGAGACUGUCUUGCGGACACUGACACGAGGUCUUGGCGAGUCACUCUGUACCAGCAUGCGACUUGCCUUUCCCAGUGUGCACAUGUCGGAGGCUCUGGUGCACCUGCGAGCAAUGCUCCGGGGAAACUAUGGCGUGGCCAAGUUGCAGCUCGAAAAAUGCAAAUCGGAUUCCAGUAAGCGGAUCAAAACAACAGACGAGGAGUGUGAUUUCCUCAUCAAGGCCAACAAAUUGGGACGGGGGGACCUCUUUCAACGCGACAACAACGAUAGUAGUUUUCCCACCGAAGAAGAAGGCGAAUGCACAUGGAUGACUCUCUUUGGUGCCACGGAAGGCAGUUUGGACAACAUUUAUUACCUCGUGCGGAGCCAUCCCAACGAGUUUGCCACCAUGGGACUGCACGACUGCUCCGAGAACAUGGUCCCCACCACACGAGUCAUGAAAAACUUGCUGCGCCAAAGCAUCGAGUCAUUUGGACGAAAGGCCGUCGUCAUUGACUCGGCGCUGACCCGCACUGGACGAGCACGAACGGCAGCUAUCAACACGGCGGUAGACCGCAUCGAACUGGCUCUUUCCAAUGAAAUGGAGGAUACAGCAGCGAGCAUUGUAGGAGACACGGAAGCAUUGCUGUCCACGGAAACGCGUCUGCUAAAGAAGCGCAUGGAGAGUGAAUCGGCCAACCUUUCCAGUCAGCUCAAGCUUACGAAACAGUCAUUGAAGCAGUCCAUGGCGGGCAAGGUCCAGGCUCAGACGACGGAAAUGAAGUGCUUCAUCGAAGGUCAGACGCAGGCAGUACAAAGCUACAUGGAUUCAGCUCUCCCUGUCAACCUCAACGUCUUCUCGCGAGAAGUACAGGACAAUCUACGCGUUGGCAUCGAGUCCGCCUUGGCGGAGCAGACAACGGAAUUGGACGCAGUUGUCAAGUCGGCUCUGGCCGAGCAGGAAAUGACGACGGAGGCCAUGUUCAAGUCCGUUUUGACCAAACGUGAAAAGAUGGCAGAGACCAAGCUCAAAAAGGCAUUGGCCGAGCAGGAAAAGGCAAUGGAGACCAAGUUCAAGGCUGAGCUAGCCGGUCACAAAGACGGGCUGGUUCAAAUCCAAUCCAGUCUCUUGGCUAUGAAGGAUGAUGCCAAAGUUCAUUCGGAUCGAAACGGGAGCUCGAUCAGUGUCUUACUGGUCGUGGUUGCCAUCUUGGUGAUUGUCAGCCUCUUCCUUGCGGCUGGAGUUGCGAGCCUCCUCUUUCUGAUCUAUACGAACCGGGCAGAUGAGCUUCGAUCCUGGCUGGAACGCCUCGUUCACGACAUGUAGGCUGCCUCUUCCAUUGGUGGUGCUGGCAUGUCUUGAAUCUUGACCGACUUGUUGUUUUGAAAUGAUGGUGAAACUUUCAUUGAUGAGAGGUUUCCUUGACACAUGCUCGUGUGGUGCUGCCGUGCAGCCGUCUAGUGAAGCCUUGUCUACCUCCUAAUCUUCCUUCAAACUCACCUUGUUCCGUUGUGAACGACGAUCUGGUGCAGCUAAUCACUCGUAAUAGUACAUUCAAUUCAUUGUAUAU